AUGGCGUCUAUUAAUUUGAUCAAGUCUUUGAAACUUUACAAGGAUAAGAUAUGGUCUUUUGACUUUUCUCAAGGUAUAUUAGCAACAGGUUCAACUGAUCGAAAAAUUAAGCUAAUAAAUGUGAAAGAUGAUGAUUUUACGUUGAUUGAUGUGCUGGAUGAGACUGCUCAUAAAAAGGCAAUCCGUUCUGUGGCGUGGAGACCUCACACUUCGCUGUUAGCAGCGGGCUCCUUUGAUUCUACUGUGUCCAUCUGGGCUAGGGAAGAAUCUGCUGACAGAACUUUCGAGAUGGACCUGCUAGCUAUCAUUGAAGGUCACGAAAAUGAAGUAAAAGGUGUGGCGUGGUCGAACGAUGGAUAUUACCUAGCAACUUGUUCCAGAGAUAAAAGUGUGUGGAUAUGGGAAACUGAUGAGAGCGGUGAGGAGUACGAGUGUAUUAGUGUUUUGCAAGAACAUUCUCAAGACGUUAAACAUGUUAUAUGGCAUCCAUCUGAAGCGCUACUAGCUUCAAGUUCUUAUGACGACACUGUUAGGAUAUGGAAAGAUUACGACGAUGACUGGGAAUGUGUUGCUGUCUUGAAUGGCCACGAAGGUACCGUUUGGUCAUCUGAUUUUGACAAGACUGAGGGCGUGUUUAGACUAUGCAGUGGAAGUGACGAUUCCACUGUCCGGGUAUGGAAAUACAUGGGUGACGAUGAGGAUGAUCAACAAGAAUGGGUUUGUGAGGCUAUUCUCCCGGAUGUGCACAAGAGACAGGUAUACAAUGUUGCAUGGGGCUUUAAUGGCCUAAUUGCUAGUGUAGGUGCAGAUGGAAUACUAGCAGUGUAUGAAGAAGUGGACGGAGAAUGGAAAGUUUUUGCUAAACGUGCAUUAUGUCAUGGAGUUUUUGAAAUCAACGUUGUGAAAUGGUUGGAUUUGAAUGGUAAGACCAUACUGGCAACAGGUGGUGACGACGGGAUCGUGAAUUUCUGGUCUUUGGAAAAGUUAGCGUAA